AUGUUUUUUGCUCUUCAUCGUGGUUAUAUCAUGCUUGGAAUAGUGUUUCUCAUGUUAUUGGCUGGCAGUUCUGCGGAAUUGGGUUACCAGUACCAGCAAAAUAGUUAUGAAGGAGCUGUCAAUAGCUAUGGCAACGAAGCUACUUUGGCUGAAGAGAGGUAUCCAGCUCAGCCUGGAAAUCACUACCAGCAGAAUGCGGACUUUCAUAAGCAUUUCUAUGCCUUCGAGGCUCCCUAUGAUUCCGCAGAGGAGGCAGACUUAGUACAAACCAAGCUGGCAUCUCUGUCCGAAAAGAAUCUCCAGGUGGUGUUUAUCAAGGCUCCGGAAAACAAGGCUGUGGUGGGUGCUCUCAACGCCUUGGCCAAACAAACCACCGAGGAUAAGACUGCCAUCUAUGUGCUCAACAAGCAGACGGAUGCUAAUGAAUUGGCCACUGAAAUAAGCGCAUUGAAGGCACAGCACAAACACAAGCCCCAGGUUCAUUUUGUAAAGUACAGGACAGAGGCAGAGGCUGCUCAGGCCCAGCAAUAUAUUCAGGCACAGUACGGCGGAGGAGCUUCGAUUCCACAGCAGGCGCAGGCAUCAUCCUUGGGCUAUUAUCCUGAACAGCAGCCGCAAUACGAGGAACCUCGUCCUGGAGACUAUCCAGGUUCCCAAGCUGCUUAUCUUAACUCAGCUCAACAAUCGGCAUAUCAACCACAGUCGGGCUAUCUGCCACCCUUGCCCAGUUACUCCUCCAUUUCGCAGGGCUACAAAGCGGCUGGUUCUUCAGCCGGAGCUUCAUCCAUUGGACAGAUAGAUCUGCCACCCGUUCUGGAAGCUCAACAGGAUCUAUCAGCUAACUACAAUGAUGCCAAUGCGGACUACCGCUCGGCCAGAUCAAGACGCUUUGAUUUCCGGGCUAAUGAGCGUCAUAGGUCGGGAAGUCGCAUGGUCUUCCCAUCUCCAACCCCAGGUAAACGCCUGCGGCUCUAAGUAGGCCCACCUGUUAAAUUAAGACAUAAAAUUAGUGCCAUAAGACUACCCCAACGGGUAACUAGUUAUAGCAGCAAAUAAAGCCGAAGAUAUAUCAAUGAA